AUGCCCUGUGGGAAUCCUGGUCUUAUUCCUGAAGUUAAAGGAGAAACUUUCAGCUUCUACCCUCUGAGCAGCCCUGUCCAGACUACUCUCAAGUUUACAUACAGUGAAAAAUACCCAGAUGAAGCUCCUCUUUAUGAAAUAUUUUCCCAGGAAAACCUAGAAGAUAAUGAUGUCAUAGACAUUUUAAAAUUACUAGCAUUACAGGCUGAGGAAAAUCUUGGUGUGGUCAUGAUCUUUACUCUAGUGACAGCAGUGCAAGAAAAAUUAAAUGAAAUAGAUCAGUUAAAAACGAGAAGAGAGGAAGAAAAGAAACUAAAAGAAAAAGAAGCAGAAGAAGCAGAGAAGCAACUGUUCCACGGCACCCCUGUUACAAUUGAGAAUUUCUUACGUUGGAAAGCCAAGUUUGAUGCAGAACUCUUGGAAAUUAAAAGGAAACGGAUGAAAGAAGAAGAGCAAGCAGGAAAAAAUAAAUUAAGUGGUAUGACAUGCCUCACCCUUUUUAACCCUGGUUAUCUGCUAAAGAAGAUUAAGAAGCAAGUUAUGUCUUUCAUUCCUUGUAUAAAACUCAAUGUGAAAUAUGUUCUUUGCACAGCUGGAAAUAAUGUGGAAGUAGAUGAGUCCUUGUUCCAGGAGAUGGAUGACUUGGAGCUGGAGGAUGUUGAGGACGACCCAGACUACAACCCUGCUGGUCCAGGGAGCGACUCAGGGGACUGAUGCACCAUCUCUGGAGAGCUCGACAGCCACAGCAUCUGUGGCUGUGCUGACAGGGUUUUAAUUUUCCUUUUUUUUUUUGUUUUUUCUAAGAAAAAAAUAACUUUCAGGAGAAUAUUCUUCUGAUAACUUUCACCAUUGAAUUUAAUAAACUGACCAUAACACUUCAGAGAUAAAAUGCUCACUUUCUCUUAUUGGUUACCAGAAGAUUACAUAUUUAACAUUAUUUAGUGCUGGAGGGAGAUCCUACCUGUAAAACCAAGAUUUGAAGGUGGGUGGCAGCCGUAUGCAAAUGGGUGUAUGUACAAGAAACAGGAAUAACUCAUGUUUUCUAUCCUGGAGAGGAUAGCUACUUUUGGAUUCCAAAUGUUGUCUUUCAUAUCCUGGAUUCUAGCCUCUUCACAGUAAAUUUAAAUUUUUAACAGAUCCAGAAGCCCAAAUUAUACACAGGAAUAAAAUGCACAUUGUUGCUAUACUAGUACCUGAAUGCAAAUUUUGGUAAUUAUAAAAAUUAUAUACUUCUAAGCCUUUCUCAGGUUACAUUUAUGAGCCCCAAUCUGAAUUUUAGAAGUGUA